CGAGAUUUCAGUGCUAUGCAUCGCGUUGGCUCGUGGAGCCUCGAUGACCUUGACUCAGCGAGCAUGAAGCACCCAUCGAGGUCACCGGGACUCGAGAUUGCUAUGGCACUGUUCGGCAUGGUCUGGCUGCUGCGUGUUCGCUCGGAGAUGCGUCGUUGCUCGAAAUGUCGCCACGAGGAGAUCCUCGCGGCUCAGCAGCAACAGCAGCAGCAACAGCAACAGCAGCUGCAACAGCAACAACAACAGCAUCAUCAUCUGCAUCAUCAUUCUCAUCAUCAGCAACGAACGGUUUCGCAGACAACCAGCCUGCUGCAGACUCCAGACGACGCUGUCAGCUCGUCGGCGAACACGUUGUUCACUUUGGACACGCCUGGCGCCGCCGGUUCCGCCGGAAGUUACUGCGAGGUCCACGGAUUCGUGCAGGCGAAAGAAGAUAUCCAGGAAUUUUACGAGCUGACGUUGCUCGACGAGUCGAAAUCGGUGCAGCAGAAAACGGCGGAGACGAUCCGGAUCGCCGACAAAUGGGAAGCCAGCGACGGGCCAAUUACGCCGACCUUCGCUCAAAACGACGGUGGUCCAGCCUUCCCGGUGAACCAGACAUUGUCGAACAUUUAUGGCCGCAGGUCGGCCAGUCCUGAUGUUGCAGACCACGUAGAUGAAACUCAGAAACCCCGAUACACCGGAGGGGGUGUGGAAGAGCAACUACCACCGCCGCCAUCGCCACCGCAGCUGAAGGAAGCCGGACAAUUGGAUGGAGUUCCUAGACCCAAUUCGGUCGACCGUAUCCUUCAUCCUGAUGGUAGCCAGCAUAUCCUCACUAGUCACGAGGCACUCAACAAGAGUCACGACAGCUGGCAAGGGCACGACGGGGACCAGGCACACACGCCCCUUCUUGCGGCUGACACGAGACACGUGAACGGAGACGAUGACUGGGAGUACGAGGAGAUCGUGCUCGAGAGGGGUGGCGCUGGACUUGGCUUCAGCAUCGCCGGGGGUACGGACAAUCCACAUUUCGGCAACGACACUGCCAUUUACAUCACGAAACUUAUACCCGGUGGAGCCGCGUCCGCGGACGGCCGUCUGCGCGUCAACGACACGAUACUUCAGGUGAACGACGUCUCCGUCGUGGACGUGCCACACGCGGCGGCCGUCGAUGCGCUCAAACGAGCAGGAAACACCGUUAAAUUAUACGUACGACGACGAAGACACACGCAGCUGAUCGAAAUCGAACUAAUCAAGGGUAACAAGGGCCUCGGUUUCAGUAUCGCUGGGGGUAUUGGCAAUCAGCAUAUUCCCGGUGACAAUGGGAUCUACGUAACGAAAAUUAUGGAAGGCGGUGCUGCUCAAGUGGAUGGCCGUCUUGUCGUUGGAGACAAAUUGGUAGCCGUCAGGAAUGCUUUGCAGGGUGACAAGAACCUGGAAAAUGUGACGCACGAGGAAGCAGUGGCGACACUAAAAGCGACCCAGGAUCGCGUGGUUCUUCUUGUGGCGAAACCGGAAACCGGAAUUGUACCCCCGCCACCACCCCCGAUGGCCUCGGACAAUUCGCUCUCUCCACAACCACGGAAACAAAAUGGUUCUGUGUCGGCGUUGGAGAACAACUCGACGCUGCCUUACUCGCAAGAAUCACGUCACGCGUCUUCUCUGGCUCUUCACGGCGCGGCCACCCCACGAGCUGUUUCUCAGGAGGACGUAUCACGAGAGGUACGCACAGUCGUGCUGAACAAAGGUUCCUCCGGUCUGGGUUUCAAUAUCGUCGGCGGUGAGGAUGGCGAGGGAAUUUUCAUUUCCUUCAUCCUAGCCGGGGGUCCGGCCGAUCUAAGCGGUGAACUGCGACGUGGCGAUCAGAUACUCAGCGUCAAUGGCAUUAAUCUUCGGACAGCCACCCACGAGGAGGCUGCGGCAGCCCUUAAGGGUACCGGGCAGACAGUGACGAUCGUGGUGCAGUACAAGCCCGAAGAUUACAACAGAUUCGAGGCGAAGAUCCAUGAUCUUAAACAACAAAUUUCCCAGCAGAAUAUGAUGACAGGCACCCUCAUGAGGACCUCGCAGAAGAAAUCACUUUACGUUAGAGCGUUGUUCGAUUACGAUCCCAACAAGGAUGACGGUCUGCCAAGCCGCGGUUUGGCAUUCCGCUACGGUGAAAUCCUACACGUGACGAAUGCAAGCGACGACGAAUGGUGGCAAGCUAGAAGAGUAACUCCUCAGGGUGAUGAGGAAGGUCUCGGCAUAAUACCGUCUCGCAGACGAUGGGAACGGAAGCAACGCGCCAGGGAUCGCUCUGUCAAGUUCCAGGGCCACAUGCCGGUGAUCCUCGACAAGCAAUCGACAUUGGAUAGGAAGAAGAAAAACUUCUCGUUCAGCAGGAAGUUCCCAUUCAUGAAGAGCAAGGACGACAAAUCCGAGGACGGUUCGGACCAGGAACGGUCGCCCACGACACCCGAGAACGAAAACGAUCCUACACCAUUCAUGCUGUGCUACACCCAGGACGACACUAACACCGAAGGGAGUAGAGAAAUUUUAUAUCGUGUUGAACUGCCGUAUAUCGAGGAACUGACAUUAGUUGCUCUGGAAAAGGAGGAUGAUGAGAAUAAUGACGAGCUUAGCAGCGAAGAAAACGUGCUGUCGUACGAGGCAGUCCAGCAGCUCACCAUACAAUACACUCGGCCAGUUAUUAUCCUCGGUCCUCUCAAGGAUCGCAUCAACGACGACCUCAUCUCCGAGUUCCCCGACAAAUUCGGCAGCUGCGUCCCACACACAACGAGGAGUAGAAGGGAAUACGAAGUGGAUGGACGGGAUUAUCAUUUCGUGGCGUCCAGGGAACAAAUGGAGAGGGAUAUUCAAAAUCAUCUGUUCAUAGAGGCUGGCCAGUACAACGAUAAUCUUUACGGAACGUCCGUCGCGUCUGUUCGAGAAGUCGCUGAAAAGGGGAAACACUGUAUUCUUGACGUUAGCGGAAAUGCCAUCAAGAGGUUACAAGUAGCACAACUGUAUCCGAUCGCCAUCUUCAUCAAACCGAAAUCCGUCGAGUCAGUUAUGGAGAUGAACAAGAGGAUGACGGAGGAACAGGCGAAGAAGACGUACGAGCGAGCAUUGAAGAUGGAACAAGAAUUUGGAGAGUAUUUUACUGCCGUAGUACAAGGUGACACGCCUGAAGAGAUCUACGUUAAGGUGAAGGAGGUGAUCGCCGAGCAAUCAGGACCGAACAUUUGGGUGCCGUGCAGGGACCAGCAACUGUGACGUCCUGCCCCCAACGCUCAGCCCGGUCCGAACGCUUGGACCCUACCUCCGAGGCGUCAAGCUUAAUUGCUCUUAAUAAAAUAAUCGAGUAACUCUCUAAUGCCUUCCCCGUUCCCAUCCCGUACCCGUCCUGCACCACACACACCCUGCCCGAUCGAGUAACAAGAAUACAAAAAAAUCCCAAGUCGAGGCAUGUGCCUCAGCCGCGUUCACGAAGCUCGUCGAAUAAAUAUUUCGACCGAUUGAACGAACGACACGAAGAAUUAGGAGAGCAACAAUCUGAAGGAAAGAAGGUUAGAUUAAGGAAAGAGAUAUGGUUAGCGUGUUCGAAAUUUCCUUCGCAAGGAGAGUAAAGUAUUAUAAAAACUCGUAACUCGACGGUAAUAAGAAUGUUACGCCGUGUUAGAAUAGAUUAUUGAGUGUCUUCGAAGGAAACGAACAGCGUCGCUGGGAGAUUCGUGUUAUAGUGUUAAAAAUACCAAAAGUGUUUCGUUGUACCACGAUGUUUUUCACGAUUAGCCACGUAUCGAACGGGGUUUGUCGAGCCACCGAACAAGGAGAUAUCGCAUCCUCACGGGCGUUCGUAUCCGCGUUGAAUUUUUUCUACGAUGUUGUACGUGACACGAUUAACACACGACGUCCCGUGAGAAAUGCAUCCUCCCCGUUGCAACGAACAUGAAAACAGUUACUCGAGCUUCGUAAUUUCUAACGUCGAUACGCACUCUCCCUUUUUUUCAUUGUACUCUUUACCGGGAAGGAAGACGAACGAAUGACAAAGCCGUGUGCUCGUCUAUUCGCCUCGAAAUUGAUUUUGAACUUGAUUAGAUCAAAGUCGCGCGCGAUCGAAGUCGAGCUAAAUCCAGCUGUACCCCUCUGUGUUUUUAUAUACACGUAAAAGAGAGAAAAAGGAAAAACGAUGAUUCGCGUCGUAGUUUCUCGAUCGAUCGACCUCGACGCCUUUGUGUGUACAGCACCCUCCGUGGAAACGCGAUAGAAAGAGAGGCGAAUAAUAAACGACGACUCGGUUGAAAUCGAACGAACACAAAAGCGACAAAGAAAAUAGUAGAUUUUUAAGGUAGAUCCUCGUCGCGAUCGCUCGCAAGACGCGCACAGCACGUUAGACGCUUAAAAGGGAGAAUUUUCAUGUUCUUUUUUUUUUUUCUUUUCUUUCACGCGCAAAUCGCGACGACGACGACGACGAAUAAGCGUAACAGUCGACGAACGGAACGGGAGAGACAUGAUACGCAGAAUUAAAAUAACAAAAAAAAAAAACACUUAUUAUAAUAAUAAAAUAAUAAUAACACUUGGCUUCACCGAUCACUGUAUAUGUAUCGCUUGGUCCGGUUAAUUCUGAGCGAAGUAGCGCGGUAUUUUUUAAUGUACUUAAUCGCAAUAAGAGGCGAAAAAUGAGAAGGAGACAGAGGGAAUCGAGAAUGAUUCGUUAGAAAGGCGUUAUGAAAUGUUAGAAAGAAAUUCGAGCGUAGUGAAUGAAUCGAAAGUGGAAGGAAAGAACAAAGAAUGAUAAAGAAAUAAUAAAAACAGAAUAAUUCAUUUAUAUCUGUUUGAAAGGAUUAGGAAUGAAACAGAAAGAGAGAAAGACAAAAGCCGGACGCAUGUAACGAACCUCACGAUUCAUCAAACCUCACAGGACAAAUCUUUAGAUGCUAGAAUAGCGAUAUAUAAUGUUUUGUACAGCUAGAUUACUAAGCCAGUACUGGGUUAUGUGCAACAUUAUAUAUAUAUAAAUAAAUAAAUAUAUAUAUAUAUACAGAGAGGAAGAGAGUAUGAAAGUGUGCAUGCGCGAGAGAUAGACGAAGAGCGAAAGAAGACGAACAGUUAAGGAGAGAAAGAAUGAAUACUAUUGUAAUUUAAAUACCACUACUAAAUUAUUAUUACGAUAGUAGGUAUACAUAUAUAUAUAUAUAUAUAUUAUUGUAAAUACCUGUACCCGGGUAAUCGAGAUGGUAUAUGGUGGUAGCAUAGGCGUGGAAUCGAAGCGGGUUUCUCAAGCAUGUCGGAGAGGUGUACCGUUCGAUUAUUAUUCUCUGCUGUUAGUUUUCUACGAUUGGUCACUGCCAAUCCAUAGAAAGCCGACUAAUGAAAUAUAUAUUCGUGUCGCGAAUGAAAAAUAUGCGACGCAGUUCGGACUCAUCGAACGGUUCGAUCGGAGUCUAAAUUUUAGACUAAUUAAAACGCCUCGUAGCCAUUUUCACACGGACGAAUUUGAAGAGUUGUAAGAAUGUUUCAGAGCGUGUCAAAGGGUCGCCAGUGUGAAAUGUUGAAUUUAGAGAAGGUCGAGGAGAUGGAGAACGCGAAGUGAUCGAGACCAUCGUCGAUUGAACAUAGUAUUUCCGAAUGAUAAAUAAGAAAAGAGGAGAAGAUAGUUAAGGAAAGAACGCAUCGUUUAGGUAUGGCUUAAUUAAAGCUAAAACUUUAUAUCGUCGAAAUGGUCACACGCUAUACCGUUUAUAUUAAUCGAUCGUCGAUUGCACGGUGAUUCUUUCGGCGAUUGCUUCUCCCUUGGUCGGACCGGGCUCGUAGAAUUCUACUUUGCGUUUCCUCAUUCGAUUAUGGUUUCUUCGGUAGAACGCGAUCGGGUGUAACAAUUAGCACGAGUACGCUUUCUACGAGCUAUUUUUCCUACGGACGGAAGAGAUUCUGUGUUUUUAGAGCCGUUGAUAGUUGAAAAAAGAGAAGCCAAGCGAGGAGAAGCGUUGCCAUGAUUAUUAAGCACGGGUCGUGCCUGAAGACAGAAAGAAAGAGGUAGGCUUUGAUGUAAGUUAAAGAAAAAAAUCUAUGAUAAAGAAAAAGGGCAAAAAAAAAAAAGAAAUAAGAAUUGUGGAGAAAAUGAUGAUGAAAAAGACGCCUGUCUCGAUGUAAAGGAACGUAUAAAGAGAAUAAUUACUACAAACACUUAUUAUACACCUCUAUAGUCUAUUUAAUAAUAUUACUUAUUGAAUUGUCAA